AUGGACGCCGGAGAACCAUCCUACACCGGCGACGACAUCCAAAAUACGGAAGGCGGCAUCGUCUACGGCCUUGGAUUCUACUUCCUCCUCCUCCUCUUAAUAUUCACCCUCUGCUACACUUCUUACAUCUGCAAACGCAGCAUGCUCUCUCGAUCGCCACCACCGUCCACCACCAUUGACGACUACCACUUUGUAAGACUCUCUCACGGUCUUGACGGCGAUAUCCUCGCCACUUUCCCCACGUUUCUUUACUCUGACUCUGAGAUCGUCAUGCUUCACAAGGGUACCGGCAUUGAUAAUAAUAAUGAAAACAAUUAUGGCUCCGAUUGCUGUAUUUGCUUGGCGAAUUAUAGACCGGCGGACGUCCUCCGUUUGUUGCCGGAAUGUGGUCAUUUUUUUCAUGCCAACUGUAUAGAUACCUGGUUGAAGGUUCAUCCUACUUGUCCAGUGUGUCGGAUCUCACUUGAUUUGACAGAUGAAUGA